GAAGGCGUACCGGGAGGGAAGUGUGGUGGUGGACAAGGCGACAUCUUGAUACCCAGGUUUCUCUGCUAAAUCAUUCGUUUGCAUUCUUCAGCUCUCGGUUAUACUCUCGUGUUAAUUAUUAACUAAUUAUGGGACGUGAUUUUGCAUGCUUUGCCUUGCUCAUUACGGUUCCUUAUACGUAAUGAUAUCUAACGGUGUGAUCACCAUCGUCAUCACCAGCUGCCGGAAUCAUGCGAAGUCCACUUUUUGGCCUUUACGCAAAUGCCCCAUUUCCCUCAUGAGAUCUCAAUCUUUUCGCGAUCUUCGUCCGCUAAAAUAUAUAAACCUUCUCCCCUCUUCAGCUGGUGCUACACCUCCCACUACCUUCUUUUACAGACCUAAAAACGGAUCUGACGUUGAGAUGUCUGUCCUUUUGCUUAUCCGGACUUCCUGAAACCCUUGGGGUUAUGUUCUUUUGCUCAUGGAUAAAGUAUGGGGGUGCAGAGGUGGAUUUUAAUAGUUCUUCCGCG